GAGUAUCUUGAGGUGUUCCAGUACUUUGGUCAGGGCAGGGAGGGACGUAUUUCAACGAAGCAACUAAGACGGGCCAUGCAGAUGAUGGGACUGAACCCAACAGAUUUUCAAAUACAAGCAAUUGUCAAUGAAGUAGAAUAUGAUGGGGACGGGUACAUCACGUUUUCAGAUUUCAUUAAAACCAUGGAAGAGUAUAAGAAACCAGACGAUAAAGUAGACCUUAUGAUGGCAUUCAAGGUGUUUGACCAUGACGACAAAGGUUACAUUGAGACGAAAGAGAUAAAGAAAGCGUUCAUGAGAUUAAAAGGAAUUACGAAAGAAGAACUUGAGGAACUUCUGGAGACUGCAGAUCUUGAAAAUCAUAGACACAUAUACUUUGAUGAAUUUUCAAGGCUGUUGGUGCCACUAAUCAACAGAGACCUGGAUAUAAUUUGGCUGUAACAAUGUGCUUCUGUUAAAGGGAAUGCUAUAUGAUUCCCUUAUGACAAAACGGACCGACCUGUCUGUG